GGAAACACGACGUCCGUUCUAAACCAGAAAGAUAAGAUGGGAUAACAGAAAGCAUGAAGGAGGUGCAGUGCUUUCUCACUGUUUUGAUGAUUACUGCGCAAUGGCGCUGUCUACUCCAAUUCCUCCUUUAUGUUCGCCUUCAAAAUCCCUCCUGAGUUUGAAAUCUUUGAAGCCAUUGAAUCCGCUUCUUGUUUAUUCCCAUUCUUCGAGGCCAAGAACACAUUUUUCACACACAAAAAGUAGGAGGCUGAGAGUUGAAGCUACUGCCAUUCUUGAUUCCCGCAAUGGGUCUGUUGGCGUGGCACCAGAGAAGGAGGAUGAAAGUGCUCCUGCUAGUCCAUAUGGCAGGCAGUUUUUUCCUUUGGCAGCUGUUGUCGGCCAGGAUGCUAUCAAGACCGCUCUUUUACUUGGGGCUGUAGACCGUGAGAUUGGAGGAAUAGCAAUCUCCGGAAAGCGAGGAACAGCCAAAACAGUAAUGGCCCGUGGUUUGCAUGCAAUUCUUCCACCUAUUGAAGUAGUUGACGGAUCAGUUGCAAAUGCUGAUCCAGCAUGCCCUGAAGAGUGGGAAGAUGGGCUUUCCAACAAGGUAGAGUAUGACUCUGCUGGUAAUAUAAAGACCCAAAUAGUCAGGUCACCUUUUGUUCAGAUUCCUCUUGGUGUUACGGAGGAUAGACUAGUGGGGUCUGUUGAUGUUGAGGAGUCUGUAAAAUCUGGAACAACAGUUUUCCAGCCAGGGUUACUUGCAGAGGCUCAUAGAGGAGUUUUAUACGUAGACGAGAUAAAUCUGUUGGAUGAAGGUAUCAGUAAUUUGCUGCUUAAUGUUUUGACGGAGGGAGUCAAUAUUGUAGAGAGGGAAGGGAUCAGCUUUCGUCAUCCAUGCAAACCACUUUUGAUUGCUACUUAUAAUCCUGAAGAGGGUGCUGUCCGGGAACAUCUACUGGACCGCAUAGCCAUAAAUUUGAGUGCAGAUCUUCCAAUGAGUUUUGAAGAUCGUGUUGCAGCUGUUGAAAUAGCGACACAGUUUCAAGAACGAAGUAAUGAAGUUCUCAAAAUGGUUGAGGAAGAAAUGGACUAUGCAAAGACACAGAUAAUUUUGGCGAGGGAGUACUUGAAGGACGUGAGCAUCAGCAGAGAGCAGCUAAAGUACCUUGUCAUGGAAGCCCUCAGGGGCGGUUGUCAGGGGCACAGGGCUGAGCUAUAUGCGGCACGAGUCGCAAGAUGUUUAGCUGCUCUAGAGGGACGUGAAAAAGUCAAUGUGGAUGACCUGAAGAAAGCAGUAGAAUUAGUGAUCCUUCCACGUUCCAUCAUUGUUGAGAGCCCACCAGAACAGCAAAACCAGCAACCUCCUCCACCUCCUCCUCCACAGAACCAGGAUUCUGGAGAGGAGCAGAAUGAGGAGGAAGAUCAAGAGGAUGAGAAUGAUGAAGAGAAUGAACAGCAACAAGACCAAAUUCCUGAAGAGUUCAUCUUUGAUGCUGAAGGAGGUUUAGUGGACGAAAAACUUCUCUUCUUUGCGCAGCAGGCACAGAGAAAACGAGGGAAAGCUGGGAGAGCAAAGAAUGUUAUCUUUUCUGAGGACAGAGGCCGAUAUAUUAAGCCAAUGCUUCCUAAGGGUCCUGUAAAGAGGUUGGCUGUGGAUGCAACUCUUAGAGCAGCUGCACCUUAUCAGAAGUUGCGGAGAGAGAAGGAUAUCCAGAAGAGCCGAAAAGUUUUUGUAGAAAAAACAGACAUGCGGGCUAAAAGAAUGGCUCGGAAAGCAGGAGCCCUGGUUAUAUUUGUUGUUGAUGCAAGUGGAAGCAUGGCACUAAACAGAAUGCAAAAUGCCAAGGGCGCAGCACUUAAGCUGCUUGCAGAGAGUUAUACGAGCAGAGAUCAGGUUUGUAUCAUUCCGUUCCGUGGAGACGCUGCAGAAGUUCUGCUUCCUCCUUCCAGAUCAAUUUCCAUGGCAAGGAAACGUCUAGAGAGACUUCCUUGUGGUGGGGGUUCUCCUCUUGCUCACGGUCUUACCACGGCUGUUAGAGUUGGAAUGAACGCAGAGAAGAGUGGUGACGUUGGGCGCAUAAUGAUUGUCGUCUUAACUGAUGGCAGAGCAAACAUAUCACUUAAAAGAUCUACUGAUCUUGAAGCUACUGCUGAUAUGCCUCGACCCUCUGCUCAAGAGUUGAAGGAUGAGAUUCUUGAAGUUGCUGGAAAAAUAUACAAAGCAGGGAUGUCGGUUCUUGUUAUUGAUACGGAGAAUAAGUUUGUUUCAACUGGUUUCGCCAAAGAGAUUGCCCGUGUUGCUCAAGGAAAAUACUACUACCUGCCAAAUGCCUCAGAUGCUGUUAUCUCAGCAACAACGAAGGAUGCAUUGUCAGCUUUGAAGAACUCAUAACCAUCUUAGUUUUGCUAAUGCAGAAGAUGUAAAUUAAACAUGGUGGGUAGUUUGAAAAUUUUUGCCUAUAUUGAUAUUGUCUCCAGUUGAGAUAUUAUAUAUAUUUUGUUUUCCUCAUGCAAUUAAGCAUGUGUUCAAAGCCAUUCAAUACAUGUGGUUGUUAUGAACUGAUGAGCAAGCCGGUGAUGUCGCAUAAAUAGAAAUAGCUCUUUUUGCUUUUAUUUGACGCUAUACGUCGCUAGUUACUUUGUAUUAG